CCGCCAGCCAUUACUCUUCUCCCUUCACUCUUCACUCUGUUACUUCGGCAAAACCUCUUCACUCUUCAAAUUUACCCUUCACUCUAUCUACAUUACUCACAUCCCGGCAGCCAUGCCAGAGAUUUAUGAGCCAAACUCUGAUACGCGAAGGGAGCAGCUGUACAGCUAAUCCCUUUUCUAAUCUCAAUGCUGCGAAGGAGAAAGUGCUGAUUACGUGAAGAAGAUUAGUCGUCUUCCUCCUAAGCUUCUCUGGUUUUAUCUCCCAGCUUCUGGAGCUAUGGAGUUCCGAAUUCAUGGCGGUUAUGAUUUCCGACAGGUGCCGAGUCACCUUCUAGCUGAGAUCUUCUCAUCUCCAUGAGGAAGGAAUUGAAUUUUGAUAAAAUCAGAAUAGGAUUGUCAAUGGACUACAUAGAUAGCAGUGAGUUAAAGCUCUUGGAGAUUUCUCGAGGAGUUCGGAAACUAACCCAAAUGAUCGAAUCAUGGUCCAAAGCUCCAAAUCUCGAUUCUCCAUCGAAAUCUAUCGCAAAGGAUAUACUGAGAGAUUCCUUAGCCCUCCAUGAAUCCUUAGUAACCGUCAGAAGGCUGCAGAAAACCUCGAGAAUGAUGUCCUUCAUGGAGCAAAAGCGUGAAUUUUGCUUCGCUAACGAAAAAGAGGUAGAGGAAGAAGGCAAUGCCAUCGAACAAUGUGGUUUGGUAAGAUUUGGAGUAGGUAUUUAUGAUGAUAUUAUCCAUAGUUUAUUCACUAAUGGCUCUUCAAGGAACCAUUUUUAUGAGAAGAAGAGCUCCAUCAGUGAUAAAUUCAAUAAGCAAGAAGUUCCAUCUCAAGCUGUUCAAUCAAUAAAGAAAGAUCAGAAGAGUGAUAAGAACUUUUAUGAACAAAGUGUUGAUUAUGAGAACCUGACGAUUAAGUCGUGCUUCACUGACUACGCACGAAGAACACAUGAGAAUGGAAGCGAAGCACCAAACAUUGUGAUCAUGAAGCCUCUGGAACCAGAAAAUGAGAAGAAAGGAGAAAAUCACAAGAAGAAAGAAAAAAUUCCAGCUGAUUUGGCCUUAAAAAAGGAGAUUUUUGGCGAUCGAGAUAACACAAAGCGAAGGAAAGUGGUUAAGAGAAUGAACAAAGCUUCUGGAACUCAUAAACACUUGAGAAAGGAAUCAGUGGCUGUAGAUUCAAAUAAAGUUAUCAUCUUGAACAGUAAAUCUCCUCAAGAGAGAAAGGAAGUUAAGGUUAACAAAGUUUUAUUUUUUCAGACUAAAAGAAUCCAAGAACCGCCAGCGAAGCCCGAGAAAAAGCUCGCCGCCGCAAAAGGUGGAGCUCGAGCUGUCUGUAUUAAAUCUAAGAAGACUGUAUCGACCACUGAUGUGAAAACCAUGAUGAAGAAUUCUGCUACCUAUUUAAUCGAUGAUAAGAAGAAAUGGGAAAAGAUUUCUGGGAGAUCAAAAAACAUCAAGAAUUGCAAUACAAAGUGCAAAGGAGAUAGCGGAAGAACUGAACCUAACAACAAGGUGAGUGUUUUUCGGCGGAAUUUAAGCACUCCAUCCAUUCAUGGCUUCCCACAACAACUUGCAGAAGGCUCUAAAAUUGGCUAUGGAGUUAUCCCAAAGGAUAUCAAAGGUGGCAAGCACAGACUAUCAAUAAAUCAUAAUCAAACGCCAGCUUUAAAAAAGACAACUGGAACUCAAGAAGACAUCAAACUGCUGCUUCUAACCAGCCCAGAUUUCUUAACUGAAGCAGAAGCACUUUUCGGAUUCGAUGUUCGAAAACAUCAUGCUAAAUCCAGUCAAAACCGUAUUUUCGAACCAUUUGGAGCGAAAAACCCUCACAAACUUCUGAUUGAUUGUGCCAUGGAGUUCAUGGCUAGAAAAAUUUACCAACUUGGCCUCUUGAAUCAUCCUAUCUGCAGAAAUUAUAUACAGAAUUCAAAAUUUCUGACAUCUUUAGAACAGUUAGUGGAAGAUAUCAGUAAUGGUGUGAAGGAAAUGAAUGAUUAUUACAGAACUGAAUCAGAAGAUGAUUUUUAUCUGAGAUUGGAAAGAGAUUUAAGGUGCAAAAAUGUGUCUUUGAAUGCUUCAUGGGAUUUUGGAUGGAUUUGUAGUGUUUGUGGGGAGGAUUUUGGGGCUGUUGUUGAGGAGAUGGGGGAUGAAAUAAUUUGUGGGAUGGUUGGAGAGGUUGCAUUUGAUUUGGUGCAUUAGAAUAUAGGAAGAUUUACUUACAUAUUACUCAAUUCU